ACCAUCUUCAUUACUUACAAUUACAAAUUCACACUUUUCAUAACAUUACAUACUUAGAAACCGAAUUUUGCACUAUACAAACCUGUCAUAACCGUAACUAUAGUUGUUCCAUUGCCACUUGUGAUAUCAAGUAUGGCGAAGAUGUUGAGUAGUGAACCGGGUUUUUGUCCGCAGUGUGGUACAAUUUUGCCAAGAUUAAGCUCCAAGGGCGAUGUUAAAUGUUAUAAUUGUAAACAGACGUUUGGUCCGGAAGUGUUUUCAGGUUUGGAAUACCAUUAUGUCAUCCACUUUAAUACUCCUGAUGUGUAUAGUGGUUUGGAAAAAAAAGCAGACGGUGAAGAUGGGUGUGUAGUAGAAAGAAAGUGUCCGAAUUGUAGGAAUGACAAAAUGUCAUAUGCUACUUUGCAACUACGAUCUGCUGAUGAAGGACAAACAGUCUUUUACACAUGCACAAAAUGCGGGUUCAAGGAGACAGAGAAUUCAUGAUCGUUACUGAAACAUGCAAAUAUAUCUGAUUCAAGAGAUGGAGACCUGGGUACCAAGUGUCAAAUAGAUAAAUUUGUAAUAUUUUUUACGAGUUAAAUAUAUGGCUUACUACAUGCAAUAUUUUAUUCAA